AUGAGGGAAGGCGGUACACAAGAGCGCAAGCGCCUGGCCCAAAGCCGUAAAGAUUACAAGAACUCCCUCGAGGCCAGGAUCCUCGCCGGCGAGAAAUUCGGCUACUUCUACCCGAAUGGUGACAAGGUGCCUCCUCCUGUGUGGCCAUGGGAAGAAAAAGUCCUGAGUCCAGAGAACCCUUGGUUCGGCCUCAUCUUCGACUUCCUUGUCGAGCAGGCGCCCCUCGCGCCCCAGAACCGUAUCGCCGACUGGGGUGACGAAUCUGGAUUCGUAGUGUUUAACAAGGACGGGUCUUUCAAGUCGCCUUCCCAAAAUGUGUGUCGUUCAUUCAUCGAACAGCUUUCCGAGAUGGGUUUUGAGCAGAAGACGGGAGAGAGUGGCGACAACUACGCCUACGCGUUUCACCACCCCUCGUUCAUCAAAAACGACCGCGACGCCCUUGACGAUAUCAAGCCUCUCGAUUCGCGUGACAAGGACAUUGUCUUGUCCUCGACGAACGAUGCUCUUGACGCCUCUGUCACCAAGAACCCCUUGGAGCGCUCCAUCCAAUGGGGGACCAACAGUGGCGUUCUCCAGAUUGACAAGGCCCACUUUGAAACCGAAGUGCUCCUCGCGAGCAAGAACUUGACCUGGCGCAACUUCACAGCCAACAUGGCCCGCUUUGGCUUCAAGCAGGUCGGCGACGGCACCCGUGGUCCCGACGGCCAAGCCCACCUGUGGUGCUUGAGCCACUCGGCCUUUUUCAAUGGAUGCGUGUUUGACGAGGCUUGA